AUGAUCUUCCGGAACAAGACGAUACACAGCCAAGCUCCUCCUCCUCCACAAAUGCGCAAGAGACGUCCUAUACUGAUCCGCCUCCUCAAGCAGAUGUUGACCUCAUCUCCGAGGCGGGAAGCCCUUCCAUUCGGCUUCGUCGCCGAUGUGCUCUUUCAGAUCAUCAUCAAUGGCGAGGUGAACACCAUCUUGACGCUCUGCCGGUUGAACCGCGCCACAUACGAGACCAUCAAGAUACUGGAGCCGCAUAUCUGUGGCUGGUUCAUGCGCUUCCAUGCAAUGGAAUUCGAUCCCAUUCUUACCCUUAACCCGUGGACGGGAGAGCAGAGUCCACUAACUGUGCACUCCCUCGUAAGGUUCUUCCAGCGUCACAACAUCGCCAAGGACUUAUCGCGACAUAUUGUACCGUCAGUGUGGGGACCUUUCUGCGAUGACGGGAAUCCAGAGAUGAACUUUGAAGCGGAGUUACGCCUUGCCAACCGGUUAGAACGAGGGUUACACGUUCUCUUUCACAUGGCCGACAUUGCGCGUGACACCGAAAGGCUGAAGCCCAGCAGGAAGCCACUGGCCCCUGUUGUCAGUGGACGUCUCUUCGUGCUCGGCAAGAUGUUGGACGAGUAUGAUGAGCUUCCCCAGCACAGGAAACAGUUGAUGUCAUUUGAAGAGUACACCAACCACGUCUAUACGGUCCUAAAGUGGGGAUAUGUGGAGGCCGAUAUUGGCCGCAGGCGACUAGAGUUCCGAGGAUGGCUUGACGAACAGACCGAGAUCGAUUUUCACGCGUCUCUGCGAAUGUUGCGCGAGCUAAUGGAGCGCAUGCUUCUCCGCCACGGCCCCAAGGACUGGCAUCGCGACGCCAAGAACGAAUAUAGCGUCAUAUCCUGGUUUCUCCUGAAACAACCGCCACGGUCACUGGCGAAGCUGUUCUUGAGUCCUCAGAACGACUGCUGCGAUCUUGAUGUGAAAGCUACUGAUUGCGGUGUUAGGAAGUGCCAUUUCUCAGACCCGCUCGACAACUACUGGAAAGCCUGGAAGAAUGUGCCCGACCUAGGCUGCCAGGAUUGUGACUGCAAGCGACGAGUCAGAAGUUGGAGCGUCAAGCCUGCACUCAUUGAUGCCCGAGGAAGAGAGUUUAAUCGUGCUGCAGAGCGAUACCUGAGGGAGAUGUGGAGUCAGCGACACGUCGGUCUCCAUCGUGCUUUUACCAUGGGCGUUUUCACCACAGUUAUUGGAUGA